AUGUCAACACCAUGUAGGAGUCCAAUGGUUCCUAAUAUGCAUCUAAUGAAAGAUGAUGGUGAUCCUUUUGACGAUCCAGAGAGGUAUAGGAUAUUAGGUGGUAAAUUAAACUAUCUCACUGUAACUCGUCCAAAUAUUGCUUUUGUUGUAAGUGUCGUUAGCCAGUUCACCCGCUUCUACGGUCAAACAUUGGGUAGCUUUGGAACAGAUUCUAGGGUAGCUUUGGAACAGAUUCUAUGUUACUUAAAAGGAGCUCUCGGACUUGGAAUACUAUAUAGCAAUCACGGACAUUCUCAUAUUGAGUGUUUUACAGAUGCAGAUUGGGUUGGAUCCAAGAUUGAUAGAAGGUCUACUACCGGUUAUUGUGUCUUUGUAGGUGGAAAUUUGGGAGCCUAA